ACUUUCGCGAUUGCCGUAAAGGGAAACAAGGUUUGAACUAGCAGCGCCGCAGGCGCGCUCCUCGGGGCCGUGAGCGCGCCCCGGGGCCGGCCGGUCUGCUCGGGAGCGCGCCCCAUGGCCCAGCCCUGUCUCCUUUUAGCAUAGGGGCUUCGGCGCCAGCGGCCAGCGCUAGUCGGUCUGGUAAGUGCCUGAUGCCGAGUUCCGUCUCUCGCGUCUUUUCCUGGUCCCAGGCAAAGCGGAGCGGAGAUCCUCAAACGGCCUAGUGCUUCGCGCUUCCGGAGAAAAUCAGCGGUCUAAUUAAUUCCUCUGGUUUGUUAAAGCAGUUACCAAGAAUCUUCACCCCUUUCCCACAAAAGGAUUUACAAAAGGUGCAGGUAUGAGCAGAUCUGAAGACUAACAUUUUGUGAACUUGUAAAACAGAAAACCUGUUUGAAAUGUGGUGGUUUCAGCAAGGCCUCAGUUUCCUUCCUUCAGCCCUUGUAAUUUGGACAUCUGCUGCUUUCAUAUUUUCAUACAUUACUGCAGUAACACUCCACCAUAUAGACCCGGCUUUACCUUAUAUCAGUGACACUGGUACAGUAGCUCCAGAAAAAUGCUUAUUUGGGGCAAUGCUAAAUAUUGCGGCAGUUUUAUGCAUUGCUACCAUUUAUGUUCGUUAUAAGCAAGUUCAUGCUCUGAGUCCUGAAGAGAACGUUAUCAUCAAAUUAAACAAGGCUGGCCUUGUACUUGGAAUACUGAGUUGUUUAGGACUUUCUAUUGUGGCAAACUUCCAGAAAACAACCCUUUUUGCUGCACAUGUAAGUGGAGCUGUGCUUACCUUUGGUAUGGGCUCAUUAUAUAUGUUUGUUCAGACCAUCCUUUCCUACCAAAUGCAGCCCAAAAUCCAUGGCAAACAAGUCUUCUGGAUCAGACUGUUGUUGGUUAUCUGGUGUGGAGUAAGUGCACUUAGCAUGCUGACUUGCUCAUCAGUUUUGCACAGUGGCAAUUUUGGGACUGAUUUAGAACAGAAACUCCAUUGGAACCCCGAGGACAAAGGUUAUGUGCUUCACAUGAUCACUACUGCAGCAGAAUGGUCUAUGUCAUUUUCCUUCUUUGGUUUUUUCCUGACUUACAUUCGUGAUUUUCAGAAAAUUUCUUUACGGGUGGAAGCCAAUUUACAUGGAUUAACCCUCUAUGACACUGCACCUUGCCCUAUUAACAAUGAACGAACAUGGCUACUUUCCAGAGAUAUUUGAUGAAAGGAUAAAAUAUUUCUGUAAUGAUUAUGAUUCUCAGGGAUUGGGGAAAGGUUCACAGAAGUUGCUUAUUCUUCUCUGAAAUUUUCAACCACUUAAUCAAGGCUGACAGUAACACUGAUGAAUGCUGAUAAUCAGGAAACAUGAAAGAAGCCAUUUGAUAGAUUAUUCUAAAGGAUAUCAUCAAGAAGACUAUUAAAAACACCUAUGCCUAUACUUUUUUAUCUCAUAAAAUAAAGUCGAAAGACUAUGA